AUGAGACAGAAAAGACGCAAGCUCGGCGCCGAUAAAGCUCAAGCAGUCAAUGAAGAAGUGGAAAAGCUACUUAGAGCCGGAUCGAUCACUGAAGUAAAAUACCCCGAAUGGCUAGCAAAUCCAGUCGUCGUCAAAAAGAAGAACGGAAAGUGGAGAGUCUGCGUCGAUUUCACAGACCUGAAUAAAGCAUGCCCAAAGGAUAGCUUCCCUUUACCGCAUAUCGAUCGCCUCGUCGAGGCCACGGCAGGGAAUGAAUUACUAUCCUUCAUGGACGCCUUUUCAGGAUAUAAUCAGAUCUUCAUGCAUCCCGAUGAUCGCGAGAAGACGGCAUUCAUUACCGAUCGUGGCACCUAUUGCUAUAAAGUGAUGCCUUCGGCCUGA